AUGGUCACUCUUCCCCAAUUCAGAGUUGAUAUCUUGCAUGAGAAUGAGCAUAACUUUGACACAAAUGAAGACAUUGCACAAGAUGGUGGAACCACAUCAAAUGAAGAUAAAGAUUUCUUUGAACUAGCAAAAGAUAGAGAACAACCUCUGUAUGAAGGAUUGAUAUUGGAGCUACUACAGGAUGCAUUUGAAAAUGCCAAUUUGCCAACUUUAUUCUACGAGGCAAAGAAAACUAUUUCAAAGUUGGGUUUAGACUAUGAAAAGAUACAUGCUUGUCCAAAUAAUUAUAUGCUUUAUUGGGGUGUGGAUGAUGAAAAUAUGCAAAUUUGCAAAGUUUGUAAGAUGUCUAGAUGGAAACCAAGAGCUACGGGUGGUCAAGAUUUACAAUCUGAUGGUAGGAAGAGUAAGAAUAAUGUGCCUGCAAAAGUUAUUCGUUACUUUCCAUUGAAGCCACGAUUGCAGAGGUUGUUUUUAUCAUCCAAGACUGUUGAAGAUAUGAGAUGGCACGCCAUGGACGAUAACAAUUAUGGCAUUAUGAGGCAUCCUAGGGAUUCUGAAGCAUGGAAGAGGUUUGAUUUAAUCAACACUGAAUUUGCAUCAGACCCACGUAAUGUACGUCUCAGAUUAGCUACUGAUGGUUUUAAUCCAUUUGGCAACAUGAGUUCUAAUUAUAGCACCUGGCCAAUUGUAUUGGUUCCAUACAACACCCCUCCUUGGGUGUGCAUGAUGUCAACUUCUUUUAUUAUGUCAACAAUCAUACCUGGGAAGCGAAUGCCCGGAAAUGACAUUGAUGUUUAUCUGCAACCUUUAAUGAAAGAGUUGAAGGAAUUGUGGCAUAAUGGUGUGGAUGCAUAUGAUUCAUUUACUCGAGAAAUGUUCAAACUGCAUGCGGCAUUAAUGUGGACUAUCAGUGACUUUCCUGGCCUUCGAACUUUGUCUGGGUGGAACACUUACACUGGAUUAGCUUGUCCAACAUGCAACUUUGACUCAAUACCUUGUCGACUUCCUCAUAGGCCUCACUUUAAUGGGAAGCAAGAGCUCCGUGAGUCACCAAAAGUAUUAUCUGGUACUGAUAUUCUUCAACAAGUUAAAAAUGUUCAUGUGACCUUCGGUCGAAAACAGAAACUUGGAGGAAAGGGGAAAAGAAGACGUGGUAGUGGACGUGUUACACAGAAUGUGUGUGACAACAUUAUAUAUACCUUGCUAAAUGAUAGUGCAAAGUCCAAAGAUCACAUAAAUGCUCGAAAGGACCUUAAAGAAUGGGAUUGUAAGCCUGACCUUUGGCCAGAUGCAAACGACAGAUAUCCUCCAACAAUCUACACAAUGACCAAUGAAGGAAAGAAGGCAUUUUUAAAUACAUUAAAGAAUAUUACCGUGCCAGAUGGUUAUGCAAGCAACAUUUCUCGUUGCAUUGAUGUGGAGCCUCUUCGAUUGAAUGGGAUGCUAAAAAGUCAUGAUUGUCAUAUAUUAAUGCAUCAACUGCUACCAUUGGCCAUGCGCACUGCAUUGCCUGAACAAGUAUCAAGGAAUUUAAUUGAGUUGUGCUCAUUUUUUAAGCAAAUAUGUAGUAAGGUGUUGAGUAUCACAAAUUUAGAAAGACUCCAAAAUGAAAUUGUUCUCACUUUAUGCCAUAUGGAGAUGUUAUUUCCCCCUUCAUUCUUCACAGUAAUGGUUCACUUAGUUGUUCACCUUGUCGAUGAAGCUAAGCAUGGAGGCCCUGCCCAUUAUCGGGGGAUGUAUCCAAUAGAGCGGUACUUAGGACAAUUAAAGUCCUAUGUAAAGAACAAAGCAAGACCAGAAGGGUCUAUAGCAGAAGGUUACUUAAUGAAAGAGAUUCUGACCUUUUGUUCAAGGUAUCUAGAUGAUAUUGAGACUAGAUUUAAUCGUCCAGAUCGUGUUGAUGAUGCCCCAAAUCAAAAAUUGCCAAAAACACGAGUACAUGAAUCGUUUCCCCAAGUAGGGAAGCCGGUUGGUGGUUCUUUAUAUUUCAACCUCACACCAAUGGAAAUGCUGCAAGCACAUAGACAUGUCCUAAUUAAUUGUUCGACAGUUGAUCCCUAUCUCCAGGAAUUUCGAACUGAGGUGCGGAGGCAGGUCAGACCCCGUACACGGAAUCCUGCUCAUAUUGAUAAGAAGGUUCAUAGAGAGUUUGUUGAAUGGUUCUCAAAACGGAUUGUUAGAGAUGUUGACCUACUGAGUGAAUCAGAUAAAGAUAUUAUGCUCUUUCUUGGUCGAGGUCCAAUUAGCCAAGCUAGAAGGUUCAAUGCAUAUAAUGUAAAUGGGUGCAAAUUUCGAACCUUAACACGAGAUCGGGGCUUGAAAACACAACAUAGUGGGGUAUUUGGUACAUUUGGAACUAGAAGUUAUUCAAGUAAUAGUGAUAGUCAAAUGAGGUUUGGAGAUGUCUUGUACUAUGGGAAACUGAUGGACAUUAUAGAGAUCAAUUAUAAUUGCUUAUUCACAGUUACUUUGUUCAAGUGUCAAUGGGCUAAUACCACUAAUCCUAGAGGCAUCAAAAAAGACAAUAUGGGAUUUACUUCAAUUAAUUUCACGAGACUAAUACAUACAGGUGAACAUGAAGAUGAUGAGCCAUACAUCAAAGCAUCUGAAGCUCAAAAGGUUUAUUUUGUGGAUGAUGAGAAAGAAAAAGGUUGGACCAUACCUAUUCAUUUGAAACCAAGAGAUUCGUACGACAUGGGUGAAGAUGAAGAAGACAUUAUGCCAUCCAUUGAGUCAUAUCCAUCCAAAACUUGGAACAAAUAUUGUCUGAUUAACCAGAUUCAAUUUCAGCACAACGUUGAGAAAGGGAGCGCUUUCGCACUAGGACUUCUUGCCAUCAAGAGGCUUAAUGAUUCAUUUGUUGAGGAGUCAGUAGUGGACUUAAUGGAUGAGGAGAGUUUCAGGCUCUCAUGUUUGGAAUCCUCCAUUGGUAUCAGAAAUUCUUCACCAAAUAUUAACAUAUCAUCCACACAACAAUGUCAAAAAGAAGGAUUGGCAUCUCCUCUUGAUGACUUUUUUCAUGGAUGA